AUGCAGCUUGCGAUCAAGACUUUAUGGCUACAAGGCAAACCAAUGAAUUACAAAUGUUUCAGUUGUCCAAACUUUACUAGACGUUGGACAUUUUGCGAAUUUGCUACGAACCGUUUAUCUCCUGAACUCGGAAAGCGACCACGUACGAAAAGUUCAACGACACUUGGCGAACACGAAGGGUCGCAGCGUCACCAACACCAACAACAACCUGCAGCAAAGCUACCCCACCUUCUGGUUUAUGUUGGACAGACCACUCCACCGGGCUCUUUCACGCCAGUCCUCGUGCCCCAUUUAUUGCACGAUAACUCCGAAUCUGCAGAGAGUCACGAUGCGCGGAAAAAGCGUGAACAUACGCCGCCGCAAGCAGUAUGCGAA